CCGGUGCUAGGGGGCGUGGGCAUUGUUGCAUUUUCCAUUACUGCUCAUGAACAGACUCAAUCAAACCGAGUCUGCAAUUUUCACUGUUUGCCUUGUUCUCGGUGCUUCCGAGGGAUCUACUUUCCAGAUUUUAUUUACUUCACAACAGCGGGUGUUAAGUGCUGUGUGGCGGCCGUAAAAAGUGGCCCCGACUUCAUCUCAGUGUUGUUAUAUUUUCUGGUCCUUCGGGAUCAUUGAUUUCAACUCAUUUAGAUUUGAAGAUUGAAUACUGCUUAAGCCGGUGCUAGGGGGCGUGGGCAUUGUUGCAUUUUCCAUUACUGCUCAUGAACAGACUCAAUCAAACCGAGUCUGCAAUUUUCACUGUUUGCCUUGUUCUCGAUGCUUCCGAGGGAUCUACUUUCCAGAUUUUAUUGUAUUCAAGGAAAGUAUGGAGCAGCAUGUUACCAAGACUGUCCAGUUAAAUGUGAAAAUUCUUUAUGUAAGAAAGAGAUUGGAAAUUGUUUCCAAUGUACAGGCAAUUUUGAUGGGGACAAGUGUAAUAUAUGUAAAGAUGGAUUCUAUGGGCUGAAUUGCGUUAGUUUAUGUCCUUGUCACUGUUUCAACAAAUCAUGCGAUAUUAAUAGCGGAAAAUGCAAUUACGGUUGCAAAAUCAAUUAUUCCGGUGAUAAAUGUUGUGUACAGAGCAAUAACUGCAUAGACUGCUCCUCUGAUACUGAAUGCCAAAAAUGUAAAUCUGGUUAUUACAGUAAAUUGUGUAAGAAAAAGUGCCCAGUUGACUGUCUAGAUUCCUGUGAUAUCUCAACAGGCGUUUGCAGCGAUUGCAUAACAAACCAUUUUGGACCCUUCUGCAACUUAAAAUGUUCUGAAAAUUGCUAUGCUUCACGAAGCAGCGCCACACAUAAUUGUGCGUCAUCCGACGGAACAUGUAUGUUUGGCUGUAAACAAGGUUUCUUUGGACUUUAUUGUAAUGAGACAUGUAGCAGUCUGUGCAUCGACACAUUGUGUAGACAAGAGAGUGGUAUAUGCAUGAAAGGUUGUACAAGCUCAAAAGACGACCAGAUUUGUCUACUCAGUUUAGGGAAACCAAAAGACGUAUCUGACAGUAAAUCAACAACAACUACAAAUAUUAUUUUGGCAACACUCUUGGCGGUUACUUCUACUGCAUUAUGUAUUUUAAUUUUGAAGAAAUUAAUAAAGAAAAUACGUUCUGCUAUCAGGCAAAUAAAUGCGACCGCGAUUCAAAGUCCUUUUCAAAAUUUGCAAAACGAAGAAGUAAUUGCCGUUACUGAACUGGACAAUAUCGCUUAUGAAAUCAUUGGUAAAAAACAGGGUGCUUCGGAACACACUUAUGAUACGAUCUCUCCCAGUGCACAAAACCGUACAGUCAGUUAUGGAGACACAGAAUAUAUGAAUCUGAAGAUUUAA